UCCUCUGCAUCGCUAUCCUCUCCUCCCAUCCCCAGGGUGCACUGCUAGCUAGUGUGAUGCUUGCGACGCACGGAAAGGAGUGCAGAUGUACGGAAAGGUGAGAGCAGCGAGCGUGAAGUUUAGCGUGAGGUGCUAGAGGCCAGCCGCUGCCUGGGACUAAGAAGAGCAAAGUCUUGACUGGAAGGAAGCUUGUAGUGGGCCAGAGGUGGCGAGGCAGCCGUGGAAGGAGGAGUGCGCGCGCGUCCGUCUCCCCGCCAAGAAACAGUGGCGUGCGCGAGAUUAAGGGGAGAAAAAUCGUAUACAAGCCACGGAGCUCCUCAAGGGGAUAGUGCGAGCCUUCUCCGUUUGUCCAUUGAGUGACCAGUGAAGUGAAGGUUCUGUGUUGGCUGGCUAGCUGGCUCAAGGGGCGGAGUGCUCGUGUACGUGUGCGUGUGUGAGGGAGUGUACGUACGUGUGUGUGCGUGGAGGCCCUGGAGGCGUGGGUAUUGCUGCUGGAAAGAAAUACUCCACUAUUGCCAAGGUGUUGAGAAGUUCGGGUUUGUGUUGCGAGGGUAGGUAGGUUAGCGCCUGUUUGCCCCGCCCCGCCCCGCUCAACACUCCUGCCCCUGGAAAGUGUAAAAGUGUUGCGAAGUGAUUGUGUUGCUCUCAAGGAUUAUCUGCUGCCAGGCCACCACGGCGGAAGGUGGCACCAUGGGCCCCGCCGCGACGAGAUGAGUGCGUGGCCAGCCCGGCCCGCCCGGCCUCGUCCCAUGGCCGUGGCGGCCCCGAGGCUCUCCAAGCUGCUCCUGGUGGAAGCAUGAGCCCCGCUUCGCUGCAGGGUCCUGCCGAGGCCGUCGUCCAGCCUUCCCGACACUCCAAGAUGCAAGAUGCGUCGGGCGGGCGCCUGAGAUGGCCUCAUGGCGACGAUAAACUCUGACGUGUAUCAUAAGAAGACUUACAGUGCCAUAUAUAGUUUUCAGAGCUGUAUAGAAAGAGUUAUCAAUAUAUAGAUAUAUGAAUGUGUAUAAACGUGAACGAAGCGGCAUGGCGCGCGUGAUAGAGGCUGCCUACCUCCUGCUGACGCUGGGCGCCGCCCUCGCCCCAGGCUGGGCCGACAAGCCCACCGACUUCCACAAGGGCAAGAUUUGCAUCGGUACCACGGGGCGCAUGUCCGUGCCCUCCAACAGAGAUCACCAUUAUCGUAACCUUCGGAAUCGAUUCAUCAACUGUACUUACGUGGACGGCAACUUGGAGCUGACGUGGCUGCAGGAUGAGAACCUGGACCUCUCCUUUCUGCAGUACAUCCGUGAGGUGACGGGCUAUGUGCUCAUCUCCCACGUGGACGUCAAAAGAAUAGUACUGCCGUCCCUUCAGAUCAUCCGGGGGAGAACUCUCUUCAAAGUCUCCGUGAACGACAAGAGUUUCGCCCUCCUUGUCACUCUCUCCAAGAUGCACACGCUGGAGAUGCCCGCGCUGAGAGACAUCCUUCACGGCAGCGUGGGCGUGAUCAACAACUACAACCUGUGCCACAUUGAGACCAUCGAGUGGAACGAGAUCAUGACGGAUCCUCAGGCGAACUACACUUACAUGUACAACUUCUCGGAGCCUCAGCGGACGUGCCAGUGUCAUAACUCGUGCCAGAAAGGAUGCUGGGGCGCCGGGGAGCACAACUGUCAGAAGUUUAGCAAGUUAACGUGCCCGCCGCAGUGUGCUCAGGGGCGCUGCUAUGAUACGGGGCCGCGGGACUGUUGCCAUCUCUUCUGCGCUGGAGGAUGCACGGGCCCCACGCAACGAGACUGUUUGGCAUGCAGGAACUUCUAUGAUGAUGGGGAGUGCAAGCUGGAGUGCCCCCUGAUGCAGCGCUACAAUCCCAUCACCUACUCCUGGGAGGCCAACCCCAAGGGGAAGUAUGCAUAUGGUGCCACGUGUGUCAAGGACUGCCCUGAGCACUUGCUAAAGGACAACGGAGCAUGUGUGCGGUCCUGCCCCAAGGGGAAGAAGGCUGUGGAUGGGGAGUGUGUGCCCUGCAAUGGUCCAUGCCCCAAGACCUGCCCUGGGCCAGAAGUCAUCCACUCAGGCAACAUUGAUGACUUCAAGGGCUGCACUAUCCUGGAUGGCUGGCUCACCAUCAUGGACCAUUCCUUUGAUGGUUACCAGCACGUCUACCCCAACUACACCUUCGGGGCCAAGUACUCCCGCAUGCACCCAUCUAAGCUGGAAGUGUUCAGCACCCUCAAGGAGGUGACAGCCUACAUCAACAUCCAGGCCAACCAUCCCGACUUCACCAACCUCAACUUCCUAAGGAACCUGGAGUACAUUGGCGGCCGGGAGACCAUGGAGUUUUCGUCACUGUACAUCAUCAAGACCUCCCUCAAAAGCCUUAACCUGCGCUCCCUCAAGAGGAUUCGCUCUGGGAAAGUUUACAUUCUGGAGAACAAAAAUCUGUGUUUCGUGGAUAAGAUUAAUUGGAAGAAAUUUAUCGACACGGACGACAACUCCAAGUCGAGUCCAAUGACGCUGCUAGAAAACAAUGCCAACAGUGAGCAGUGCGUGACAGAGAGGCUGGUGUGCCACAGCGAGUGCAGUGACGAGGGCUGCUGGGGCCCAGGAGAUAAUGAGUGCCUUUCCUGCAGGAACUUCAAGCUUGGCAAUCGCUGUACUAACAACUGCAACAUGGCAGGAAUCUACCAAAUGGGAGCAAAGACCUGCGGCUACUGUCACAAGGAGUGCGCCUCCUCUUGCCAGGGUCCAGAGUCACAGCACUGUGACCGCUGCAAGAAUGUGAAAGACGGACCCUACUGCCUGGACAAGUGCCCUGACACCAAAUACAACGACAAUGGGGAGUGCAAGUCGUGCCAUGAGAACUGCAUCAAGGGAUGUCGUGGGCCACAGAACACCCUGGGGCCACAGGGGUGCAAUACUUGUGCCAUGGCAGUGAUUGACGAGGACCUCAGAGUGAAGCACUGCCUGCCAGAGAACUCCACCUGCCCCACCGGCUACUUCUCAGAGUGGGUGGUGCAGCAGGAGACCGGUGACCUGAGUUUGCUGGCUGGCAAAACUAUCUGCCGCCGCUGUCACCCACGCUGCAAAAACUGCACCUCCUAUGGUUUCCACAUCAGCGUGUGCCAUGAGUGUGUUCGCUACCGCCGGGGAGAGCACUGCGAGGAUGAGUGCCCGCAGGACCACUAUGCUGACAACAAGUUGCACGAAUGCUUUAAGUGUUCCUCAGAGUGCUCCAAUGGCUGCUCUGGCCCCCUGGAGUCUCAGUGCAAGACUUGCCGCAACUACAGAAUCUACGUGGAGGGCAAACCCGGCAUGAACAACACCAAGUUCAACUGUACCGCUACUUGUCCCAAUGAACUCCCCUACAAGAUCUUCCCUGAGGAUGCCUCAGACCCAUACUGUGGCAAGGACCCCUUCCCCCUCUCCCUAGAUGAUGAGAGUGUGCCAGCCAUCCUGGGCGGCACGCUGGGCUGCGUUUUCCUGCUGUGCACUUUCCUGGCUGUCUUCUGUUACCUGUGGUGGCAGCGCAACAAGACCAAGGCAGCAGCCCUCAAAAUGACCAUGACCAUGAUGCCGUAUGAUGAUCAUGAGCCACUCAAGCCCACCAACAUCAAGCCCAAUCUGGCCAAACUGCGUAUUGUUAAGGAGGCUGAGCUGCGGAAGGGUGGCAUUCUGGGCUACGGUGCCUUUGGGACAGUGUAUAAAGGCGUGUGGGUGCCAGAGGGGGAAAAUGUCAAGAUUCCUGUGGCCAUUAAGGUUCUCCGAGAAGGCACAGGAACCAAUGUGAACAAGGAGAUCCUGGAGGAAGCAUAUAUCAUGGCUUCAGUGGAUCACCCCAACUUACUGCAGCUUCUGGCAGUGUGCAUGACCACCCAGAUCAUGCUGGUGACACAACUCAUGCCCCUCGGCUGUCUCCUUGACUAUGUGCGCAACAACAAGGACAAGAUUGGGUCAAAGCCUCUGCUGAACUGGUGCACUCAGAUCGCCCGUGGAAUGGCUUACUUGGAGGGCCGGCGACUGGUGCAUAGGGACCUGGCUGCUCGUAAUGUCCUUGUCCAAACUCCCAAUUGUGUCAAGAUCACUGACUUUGGGUUAGCCAAGCUGCUUGACUACAAUGAGGAGGAGUACAAGGCUGCUGGAGGGAAGAUGCCCAUUAAGUGGCUUGCCUUGGAGUGUAUUCAGCACAGGAUCUUCACUCAUAAGUCUGAUGUUUGGGCUUUUGGUGAGUGUGUGUUUGUGGUGUGUCACUAUAUUUAAUAUGAGGACAUCCCAGCGCGUGAGGUACCAGACUUGCUGGAGAAGGGGGAGCGCCUGCCUCAGCCUGCCAUCUGCACCAUUGACGUGUACAUGCUGAUGAUUCGCUGCUGGAUGCUGGAUGCUGAGAGCCGGCCAAGCUUUAGGGAACUGGCUGAGGAGUUUGCUAAGAUGGCACGAGACCCCGGCCGCUUCCUGGUGAUCCCAGGCGACAAGCUGAUGCGGCUGCCUUCCUACACACCCCAGGAUGAGAGGGAGCUGAUCCGGUCACUCUCCUCAGCCAUUGAAGGAGAUGGAGUGGUGAUGGCAGCUGAGGAGUACCUACAGCCCAAGUAUGGUGGCGUCUUGGGUGUCAGUGGCACCACCACCACCACCACCUCUUCCACAUCCACCUCAGACCCCACCACCCCUGUCAAGAAGACUCCUGAGGGUUAUAACAUGGCUGCUGGGGCUGAGUAUAUAUCUGGGCGUGCUGAGUCACCUCAGAAUCGGCAGAACCUUCAGAGGGAGAGGAAGUAUGCACACCUAGAGGCAGGGGCUACGGGGUCUCCUGGUAAGAGGCCGCGUGGGGACUCGCUCACCUCCCGCUACUGCUCUGACCCUCUCAAGAUGCUAGACGUGGGUGAGGAUGACUGCUUUGCUGGCCCACCACCCUCGGCUCCUGGCUAUGGCUGGGUGGGCGACCUGAGGCUGGAUCUCCCUGUGGAUGAGGACGACUAUCUCAUGCCUUCACCGCAGCCUUCAGGCCUGGCCACUGUAGGGCCAUCACACCAGCACUACAUGGACCUGAUGGCUGAUGCUGCAGAUGGGCGGCGAGGCGAGCCAAGUCGGGGAGGCAGCAAGGGGCCCAGCAACAAUGGUGUGGCAGGUCAGCAAUGGGUGGGCAUGGACAACCCAGAGUACCACAUGAUGAAUGCCCGUGCCCAAAUGUAUGCCAGCCGGCGCCUCCACCCACAGCAGACAGUGGGUGUGCCAGUGCUAGAUGCGGCCGGGCGGUAUGGGGGCUAUGGCAAUGGCCUCCCCCAUUCCCAGCACUUUCCCCCAGGCCAGCACCUCCCUUCGCCCUCCCAAGAGAUGCCCCAUGAAUACUACAAUGAACUCUCGUCACACGCCCCCUGUGCUGCCACAUCCAGUCGAAGUGAAACCACUGUGUGAGGCCCAGUGGCACUCUAUGCCAUGUGUGUGUGUGUUGUGUAAAAGCUGUCCCUUUGUGUCUUGCAGAAGUGCCUCAGGACAUAUAUUGAACUGCAUUACUUUACUUGUUUCAAUGCCAGGAAUGAAUCAAAGGCAGACUAGUGCUGGGACAUACAGAGUGCCUAAUAGGAUCAGUGCAGUGUUCAGUGAUACAUUGGUGACCCAGGCCCCCUAGUACUGGUGAACAAGCAGCGUCUAAAGCAGAAAGGAAUGCACUAUUCUGUGUAUAUGUAUGUGAUAUACAAGGAUGCCAAUAUAAGAGUGGGUAAAGUGGACAAAACUGCAGUGGUUUGCCUCACCCACCAUCACCACAUGACCAUGUUUGGUGACCUUGUUUGGCAACUUCAACUCACUCCUGAACUGGACUGGCCGUGCCACUGCUAGUCCCACCACACAAGAGCUCAAAGUAGCUCGGUUUUUUACUGUGAUUUUAAAUAUAGGUUUAUUAUUUGAUACCCCUGGACCAGUAUGCAAGUUUAUACUACCAAUAAUGUAAAGUAAGCUCUUCUCAUUGCUAAGACUGAACUGCAAUGCUUGUGUUGCUUGGCAGUGAUAUACUGUGUCGUGCAUCCCACCCCCUCCCACCACCUAUGCCUGUUCAGCUGUUCUCUCCUAACAUCCUAACCACAUUUUAUACUUUUGCACUUGUAAUCAGAUAUAAAUUAACUGACAUUCACCAGCCAUUUUUGGGAGAAGGAGUAACACAGGGAAAGUCUACAAUACUUUCAUUCUUGCAGCUUGCUUGGUUUUUAUUUAUUUAUUUUAUUUUUAUUAUUAUUUUUUUUGUUAUUAAACAGUGAAAGUGCUGCCUAUGCCAUAACAAUUUUGAUGUCUUAUUGACCAGUGUUUGUGAAGUAUUGAGAUUAACUGAUAAUUUUUAUUGUGUCUGUUUUGAAAGAGUGAGAGGGAAGCUUCUCUUUCCUCAUCACCCUUUAUCUGCCCAUACAAAGCCUUGUGCCCAUAAAAUAAAUGGAUCAAGUGAGAGAAAUUAUGUAUUAUGGGAAAGAAAUUGUACAAACAUUUUAUUAAGAAGAUUUUAGAUGAAAAGUUAUUAAUUUUAACGAUGAACAUCAGGUCUUGUGAAUAUGUUGCCAAGUUGAUGUUCAGUUGUCGUGUGUGUGUGUGUGUGUGUGUGUGUGUGUGUGUGUGUGUGUGUUUGCUGAUGUGGGUGUGUCAGAGUGCUUUGGCUGUGUGGUGUUCAAGACAGUAGUGUUUCAAGUGCCAAAAGUGUUGUGUCACAGCCAGCACCUUGAGGCAGCCAGCUAGCCACUCCACCUUGGGAUGGGCUGUUGUCCUUAACCUUCCUUCCUUCCUUCAUGUCAACAGUUGAAACACCUCCUUAGUUCUCCUCUCCUUGUCAAAAUUUCAAGCACCAGUAUGUUACUUUUUUCAACUAAAGUAACUGGGUGAUUUUACUAAUGUAUCUUAAUCAAAAUCUGUUUUUAGAUAAAAAUUAACAAUAUAUUUCAGAACAAUAUACAAAUUCCUUAUAUUUUAGCGUAAUUUUUGCUUUACAUACAUAUACAAUGCUUCAUCUUGCACACUCCUUCAAAAUAUGCCCCUUCUAUCUUUCAACUAUCUUUAUACCUUGAAAACUAACAGUAAACGACCCUUAACCAUAGUUGAAAUUUCCUAACCCUCACCAGAGCACUGGCAUGUGGUGUCUUUCAAAGUGCAUCUCUUGGCUGGUGCCUCAGAGUACAAAUCCUGCCCUCCCUGCCCCUCCCAGGUGGCGUGGUGUCCUGUCUCACACCCCUACACAGACAACAGGUACACACUUAGAGUACCUGGCAUAUUAAGUUGACUAAGAAACAGCAAAUGUGUUGUAUCUGAAAGUCUCCAUCCCAUGAGAGGCUCUAGAAUGCAUCCAAGUUUGUGUCAGGAUUGUCUGGUCUUGAAAAAAUUCUUCAGCUUAAGCUCCAGGGCAUUUGGAGCCACUCUGCUUUGCCCUGCCAGCUGUAAGAUCUGCCAGCUUCAGUGGGCAGCAUGUGCAAUAGUUUAAUUAGCAAAUUAUGCUACCAUCACUACUACUACUACUACUACUACUACUACUACUACUGCUCCUGCUGCUGCUGCUGCUGCUACCUGCUUGAAAUGUAACCUCAGCUUCAGAUAUAUAUGCAGGCAGAGCAAGAGUUUACUCCUUCAGCCGGAUGCCACAAGGCUGCACUUGGUCCUGUUGUGGCAGAUGAGUGUUCAGUGUACAGUGUUUGAUUUGAAUAUAGUAUUUGUAAUAAUAUGCAGUGUGUGUGGCAGGGCAGGACCAGGCUAGCCUUCUCAACCAGUCCUUUGCUGCAGGCAGAAAUUGUGCUACUCCAAGAUAUUUUUUUCAGAUAAAGUGCAAUGCCAGUUUUUUGUUUAAUUGUUCAUGUUGCAUGUAUAUAAUUUCAUGGUUCAUGUAUUGUGUUAUUCGUGAAAUAACAUAAUAUAUUUUUAUUGCUCUUUCAUAAAUUUUACUUUGAAUAUUUGAUGAAAUGUCAUGCAGCAAAGCAUAUUCUUAAAAUAUUGAAAUAUACCCUAACUAACCCCGCUGUCUGGCCACCCCUGCCCUCCCAGGCCACCCCUACCACUGCCUCCCUCUGUACAAUAGUGUAUGAUAGAUGUAUCAACUUGUUGGCCAAACACAGAGGUCUCAAAAAGGUGGUCACCCUUUACACAACUACCAAAUUUUUGAGUCUUCUGUGCCCUUAAACUUCUCCUCUUUCAUCAGGGAUCUGUACAGGCUUGUCUCCUGCACUGGCUGGUGUUCUGUGUUGCUAGAGGCAUGGAGACUGCCAGUGUGUUAUCAAUGCAUCAGUGUCCAUGCAAAGAAGUGUUCUCCUCUUUUUUCAUUAACGAAAUAUUAUUAUUAUUAUUUUUAUCAUUAUUAUUAUUAUUAUUAUUAUUAUUAUUAUUAUUAUUAUUAUUGCAUAGCUUAAGAAUAAUGAUUGUUUGAAAGCCAUUUUAUUGUCUACAGUAUAGAUAGGAGUGAGGAGUGAGUUAAAGAGCUUUUAUUUUCUGAAAGUGGACUCUUAUGAUUUUUAUUUAUUUAUUUGUGUAUUUUAUUGAUUUAUGAUUUUUGCAUGCUAUUGAUAUUUUCAAAUUCAUUAAUUGUUGUAAAUAAUAAACCAAGUUUUCAGCCAGACUAUCCCAAAUAUAGAAAGUUCUUUAUUAUUAUUUAUUUAUUAUUAUUAUUAUUAUUAUUAUUAUUAUUAUUAUUAUUAUUAUAGAGUUGUACAUAUGUGGCUGUAUAAAUUAUAACAAUUCUAUCAGGAGUGUAAACAAAGGACGUGUUCAUUCCUCAUGUUAUAUUUUGUGGCAGGAACUCGUGUUUGUACUUAAAGAAGGUCUGUACUUAAAAAAAAAUGUAUAAAAAAAAUAAAUAAAUAAGGUCCACUGAUCUGUGCUUGGUAGUGUGUAUGUAUGUGUGUGCAUGAGUGUGUGUGUGUGUGUGUGUGUGUGUGUGUGUGUGUGUGUGUGUGUGUGUGUGUGUGUGUGUGUGUGUGUGUGUGUGUGUGUGUGUGUGUGUGUGUGUCAGAUAGCUGGCGGUGACAGGUGAGAAGAGGACGUGUACCGCAACACAAAAAGUUUACAAUAAAAAGCUAUACAUUAUU